AUGGAAUUGGGGAAGUUUUUCCUGGCUGCCCUUUCGCUAGUUCUGCUUCUCGGACUAGCUCAAAGCUUUGAAUUCCAUGAGGAAGACUUGGCUUCGGAGGAGCGCCUUUGGGACUUAUAUGAGAGAUGGAGGAGCCAACACACGGUGUCCCGGGACCUGAAAGAGAAGCAUCAGCGUUUCAAUGUGUUCAAGGCAAAUGCAAAGCAUGUCCACAAGGUGAAUCAGAUGAACAAGCCUUACAAGUUGAGACUCAACAAGUUCGCAGACAUGACCAACCAUGAGUUCGUGAGGUCCUAUGCUGGCUCAAAGGUCAGCCACUACAGGAUGUUUCGUGGCGAGAAACCAGCCACCGACUUCUCUCAUGGAAAGACCGAGGACCUUCCAACAUCUGUGGACUGGAGAAAGAAAGGAGCAGUCACCGGAAUCAAAGACCAAGGCAACUGUGGUAGCUGCUGGGCAUUUUCAGCUGUGGUAGCGGUAGAAGGUGUGAACCAAAUCAAGACAAAGGAGCUAAUGCCUUUGUCUGAACAAGAGUUGGUUGACUGCAACUCCAAAAACAACGGUUGUGAUGGAGGGUUGAUGCAAGACGCAUUUGAGUUCAUAAAGCAGCAUGGUGGAAUAACCACAGAGAAGAACUACCCCUAUCAAGCCAGAGAUGGCACUUGUGACUCAUCUAGGGUCACGAACGCUCCUUUGGUGGUCAUUGAUGGCUACGAAAUGGUACCUGAAAAUGACGAGAACGCUCUGAUGAAAGCCGUGGCGAACCAACCUGUCUCCGUCUCCAUAGACGCCGGUGGCAAAGAUUUUCAGUUUUACUCAGAGGGAGUGUAUACGGGUAGCUGUGGAACGGAGCUAAACCAUGGUGUGGCAAUUGUGGGGUACGGAGCUACUCUAGAUGGGACAAAAUACUGGUUAGUUAAGAACUCUUGGGGAACAGAAUGGGGAGAGAGAGGUUACCUUAGGAUUCAACGUGGAGUGGAAGCAGAAGAAGGGCUGUGUGGUAUAGCAAUGGAGGCUUCUUAUCCUGUUAAAUCUUCAGCCAACCCGAAAAUGGCCUCAUCAUCCAAGGAUGAACUGUAA